AUGGUCAUUAAGAAUCACGCUGUUGGAAUCAACGCGUCUGAUGUUAACUUUACUUCUGGCGCAUACAUGCCUGGAGUGCAACCUCCUUUUCCUUGCGGAUUCGAAGCUGUAGGAACAGUCGUUGCAGCAGGACCUAAAGCGAUGGCAAAAGAAGGAGAUCACGUGUGCUACAUGGAAUACGGCGCAUUCUCCGACUAUCACACCACUUCCAAAGUGUUUCCGGUCCCCACUGCCGACCCAAAAUACAUUCCCCUUUUGGUUUCAGGCCUGACCGCAGCAAUUUCUCUGAAUGUCAACGGAGUCGACGUUUUCAAGAAGGAUGCUUCAAGCAAGCCUCCAAGAGUCGGUCUCGUUACUGCCGCUGCUGGUGGCACUGGCCAGUUUGCGACCCAGUUGCUCGCUCACUCCGGCGCGAGCAAAGUCAUUGCGACUUGCUCUAAUCAAAAGAAGGCCGACUUUCUCAAGAGCAUUGGCGCUACGCACGUGAUCAAUCUUUCCGAAGAGAAACUAGGCGUGGCAUUGCCAGAACUCGCCCCGAGCGGCGUCAACGUGGCUUACGAAAGUGUUGGUGGAAAAGUUCUCGACUCUGUUAUUGACAAUUUGGCAACUGCUGGCAAAUGUGUUCAAAUCGGAUUUAUCUCAAGCUACUUGGAGAAGGGUGGAAUGGCUCGAGGCGUGUCCCCGCAAGCGUCCGUGAUUCCUGUCAAACUCCUAACCAAAUCCGCCUCCAUGAACGGUUUUUUCUUGAUGCACUACCCUCACCUGAUGUCCGAUGCUUAUCAAAAUCUUGUGCGUCUUGUCGAUAGCGGCGCAAUCUCGAGCAAAGUUGACUUCGGCCCAAAUUUGCAGGGAAUCGAAGCCAUUCCUGAUGGAGUUGAUUAUCUUUACUCCAAGAAAUCAAUUGGCAAGAUUUGUGUCAAACUUGACUAA